CCUUGUACUCCGUAGGCCUAUCCUGAGACGAAAAUAGUAUAUACAGCGCCGGGUAGAACAGUACGGUGCAAGCGGCGCCGCGCUAUAGCAUCCCGCCACCCUCUCCCAUCUACUUCCUAGGCCACGGAUAAGUGUCUCGAGGAAACGACCGGCGCAAUCGAAAGCGGCCAGACCACCAGAGCAGAGAGGCAAAUAGCCCCGAGCAGCCAGAGAGAAAUAAAUAGAAAUAGAGAGAGAACAAGCAACACUCAGACAGCCACCAUGCCGGGGCUCGAAGCAGACUCGUCCCGCCUACGGACAAUCGAUGUGGAGACUCCCGUCAUAACCAACGGCACCACGCACAACAACGAGCUUGAGGUUUUGUGCCGGCAGCUCAAGACCAGGGUCGACAACUUUCUGAACACGCCUACUAGCGAUCCGUUGUUGAAGUCGGUCAAGAGCCAAGUGGUCGUUUCUCUAGGCGUCAUCGAGGAGGCUCUACAGCGAUAUAGACCAGAGGAGCUCUCGCUCUCAUAUAACGGCGGCAAGGACUGCCUUGUACUUCUGAUCCUGAUACUCGCCUCUCUCUCCUCCUCCUCCUCUCUCAAAUCCUCGUUGCCCGCCUCCGCCUCCCAUACCCACAGCGCAGCCGCAUCACACCCCUUCCCACGCCGCCUGCAGGCGCUGUAUAUCCAGCCACCGCUCCCGUUCGCUGAGGUCGACGCCUUUGUGGAGGAGACAUCCUCCACCUACCACCUCGAUCUGACGACGUCGUCCGAGGCUAUGAAGCCCGCGCUGACCAGCUACCUACGCGAGCACGCUAGCAUCCGAGCCGUCUUCGUCGGCACCCGCCGAACCGACCCGCACGGCGCCCAACUCACCUUCUUCGACGAGACUGACAGCGACUGGCCCUCCUUCAUGCGUAUCCACCCUGUCAUCGACUGGCACUACCGCGAGGUCUGGGCGUUCAUCCGCGCGUUGAGAAUCCCUUACUGCUCGCUCUACGACAAAGGGUACACGUCACUAGGUGGUACCGACGACACGCACCCGAACCCGGCGCUGCGGCGCGGCCGGGGCGCGAACCAGGACGCCGACGGGCAACCUUUCCGCCCCGCAUACGAGCUACUGGAGGACAGGGAAGAGCGAUUAGGCCGUGACCGAUAGUGCGGUCGGCCCCCCCUCUGGUAUCUCCACAGCAGGUUGUUGUC